AAGACGGGGACGGGCAGGCUUUCCAAUUUGCAAUUGAAGACGGACGGAGGCGAUCACAUUAAAAAAAAAACGGAGGUUUCGGCCGGCGGUGUCACUGUUUAUUACGAUGAGCUGGUAUGGUGGCAGAAGCCAUGAGAACCAAGGCAGAGGUGUACCAUGGAGACAAGACAUGCAGAGAGAUAUUCGGCUCCCUUUUGUCCGAGAUCGGUUUACCAAACCGGCUCCUAAGUAACCAGGAGAUAGAAGAAUGUGGAUACGUGAAGGACACGGGUUUCGUGUGGUUAAAGCACAAGAAGAAGAAGAAAGACGAGAGAAAGAGACAUCAAGACUUGUUUAGAUUCGAUAACGUUGCGGUAUGUUUCGAAGAUGAAGUCACUGCUUAUUUCCAGCCGAACACGAUCAAGAAACUCACUGGGGUUAAGGCCAAGGAGUUCAUCGUGUGGAUCUCCCUCGGUGAGAUUCAUGUAAACCGUCUCUCUGGUUUGAUUACCUUCAAGACACAGGUCGGUUUAUUGUCUAAGUCGUUGCCUUUGUCGGUUUUUGAAGACGUUCAAGUUAAGCAUGAUGUUAUGGAGAAAUCUAAACCGGAUCAACAAAAAUUCAACGAUCCCAAAAUAUAUUUGUACUAGUAGAAAAAAAAGAAAUUAAAUGUAAUAUAUAUGUAAUUUGUAUCUUUAAGUUUUAUUCAUAUGUAUUUAACAAAAGAAAAAUGUGGAAAAUGCAAAUAUAAACAUUUACAUAUAGAAGAGCUUAACGA